AUGCCGGAGGACACCACGACGCGGCAGUGGAACUUCCAUGCAUUUGAGUGGGUCGUUCGUGACUUGAGCAAGCUCAGAGAUCACGUCGAGAACCCACCCGCCACCGAAGGCGACGACGCCCCCGACGAUGAGGAGUUUGAGAUCCUCAAAGAGUCGCCCGAGCUUGGGGAUGGCAAGUUCAAGUUGGAAAUAUGUAGGUCACAUAUAUACCCUCCUAGACUCUGCCUGCAUAUCACAUGCCUGUCCAUUGACUACGGGCAUCCCGAGUAUGAGCUGUCGGCGUCCAUGUUCGCCGCAGUCAAGUGUCAGGACGACCGCGUCGGCGAGCGCGGGGCGCGUGCAGAAUGGGUAUGGGAGAACUGGCAGAGUAAUUGGGUCUUUGGGCAAGACCGCGAAGUUUGGGAGUGUGCACUUCCGCCGCUGUCUAUGCUUCUGGAGAACCCUAGGAUCCGGGAGACGGACUCGUUCGUGAUCUGUGUGCAGUUGCACUCGCCUGUUGGUCCUUUCUACCCGCAACAGCCGUCGGCGUAUUACGUUCCUCGAGACCUAUUGGAAGGUCUCGAGGCUUCCCUUGACAACCCGAAUACCGGCGACGUCCAGUUUGUGUGCCUUGAGCGGACGACCUCGCUGGAACUCGACUCUUCGCAAUCACUGAGCGCAAGUAUGCCUACCAGCCCGCACUCGACGUCUUCCCAGUCUUCCUCCGCGACGCAGACCCUCGCCCGGAAACGUAUCAUGUACGCGCACUCGGACAUUCUCAUCCGCCGCUCAGAAUACUUCGCGACAAUGCUCGGUUCCUCGUUUUCCGAGAACGCGAGCACGCUUUUGCCUGGGGAGCGCAAGGUGUACACCAUCGUCGUGGAAGAAGCGGACUUCGCGACGAUCUACUGGCUGCUCAAGUGGGUCUACGCGAACUGGCUCCUCUUCCGCGCAGACGACGACCCCCGUCAAGCUGUCGACGGUGUCGGCGCCGGCUGGAGCGCGCGCGACCUCUGCUCCCCUGGCACCGCAGACGAGUGGGACUGGAAGGUGCUCCACAAAGGUGGCCCCGGCGUGUCCGAGCCCCCGGCGAGCGACUCUCGCAGCGUCACGAGCGGCGGGAGCGGACGGUCCUCUGGCGACGCUGCGCGCGAGAAGCCGAAGCCCGUGCCGCAGGUCCCCGCGAACAUGCGCACGAGCCACUCUGGCAGCGGAUCUGGCACGUCGAAGACGCAGUCGUCGCCGUCGCGGCACCCUCCCACGACCGCGCGCCGCCCCUCGCAUGGCCCGUCUGGGCCAACCCAGGGGCUCACGGUCUCGAUGGCGAACCCGCCGACGUCCCCGUCAACUUCGCGCAGUACCAAGGCCGUGCCCGUGCCAGUCCCGGGGCCCGUCUCCCCGUCCGCGUCACACUUUGCGCACAAGCAACGUGCACGCCCGCCGCCACAGGCUGUGCCGCUGUCGACGGUGGACCCGCACGCGCACCCAACCGCGCCGCCGCCGCCCGCGAGCGCGCUGUCGAUGUACCAGCUCGCGCACCGGUACGGGAUGCCGGGGCUGGGCGCGCUCGCGCUGGAGCAUAUCGUGGCGACGAUCACGCCGCGCGCGAGUUUUGCGGUGUUGCUUGCGUCGGCGUCGUGGGAGGAGCUGCAUGGGAUCGUUGAGGACUAUGUUGUGGAGAAGUGGGAGGAGGUGUCCGUUUCGGACGAGUUUGAGCAGUGCUGCGAGGAGGUCGCGAGUGGCGAGUGGGGACCUGAGGGUGGGCGGACGCUGAUGGCGCUAUUCAGGCGUCUGCGCUCCCCGAGCGCGAUGGGUUAUACGCGUGCAUAG